UGGACGUCUUGGCAUCACAUUCAGUAUUGCUAAAUAAAAUCUAUAAAAAUGAAACGAUGCCCACCGAAGUGUCAACUGUUUUCCCGAUAAAAACGGUGGAAGAAUUAGAGAAACUGAAUAACGGUAUAUCUGAGGAGGAUAUUCGUUUUUAUGUUGCAACUGCUAAAAUGAAGAUAAAAGCUGGCGGUUUAAUUAAAAAUUUCAGCAAACUGAUUUCCGAAGAUAUUUGUCUGAAGUACAAUUAUAAUGGAACACACGGCAAAUUGCCAUUUUGCCACUAUUUAAAAAUUAACGGCAUUUUUGAAGGUAUAUUAUGCGAAAAAUACAAUACUGGAUUAUUCUAUAAAAAGUGUUAUUUCCUUUCAGGGGCAGUUGGUGAUGAAAAUUAUACUUCACUGAUCAAACAAGCAUUUAAAAGGGCAAAAAAUAACUUUUUUAAAAAGGAAUGCCUAAAAAGAAAAUAAAUUUUGUUUUAUUAUAUAUAUAUGAAUUAAUUACUGUUUUGUUUGUUGAAAUAAUUUCCCCUCCAGGGGCGGCCAAAGUUUGCUGCACAUGCGUUUAAUAUGCGAAAAACGCCGUUAAAUGUAACAUAUAUAUUUUAUGAUGUCAAUCCAUAGAGAGUGAUGAGAUAAGAAAAAAGUUCGACUACGAACAUACUCAAUUACCCCACCCCACCACCCCCCCCCAAUGUCGCAAAAACUUUACCACACUUCAAAAAAUACUAUCUUC